CUUCGAAGCGCCAUCCUAUAAACUUGAUUUACCACAUCGAAUUGUUUCCUCCUCGUUUGACAGUCUUCCAAUUAUCUACUGUUCAUUUCAAGCAAAUACCGUCCCUCCAUAUCUUGAACCCACCUCCUCCACAACAUUCGAUAUUUUCCUUUGCAAAUAUGGAAUAUAUCUCCCGCCCGCACGCUCGCGCGACUUAUCAAGCAUACAAUGCGCUACGGAAAUUUCGUAAAGGCCAAGAACAGAUCCAGCUCAAUGGAGAAGCUCUCGAUAUUGCAACAGUCGUUGCUGUGGCGAAAUAUGGAUGCACACCUCACCUCGAUCUCAAUGAUGAUAUUGUCCGAGCUAUGAAUGAGAGUGUUGAUAUGCUGAGCAAUUACCUCGCGAAGGGCUAUUUCGUCUAUGGUGUCAAUACAGGUUAUGGUGGAAGCGCGGACACGAGAACCAAUAACCAUGCUGCUCUUCAGCUGUCUCUCAUGCAACAUACGCAGAGCGCAAUCACGACUAGUGGCGACAAAGGAGACCCUUCAUCUAUCUUACAGGACAUCGGCUCACACUCGAUGCCACAUUCUUGGGCGAAAGCUUCUAUGCUGGUUAGGGAGAACCAGACCAUGCGAGGACACAGUGCUGUCCGGGUUGAGGUCGUGCAGACUCUCAACGACCUGAUUUCCAAUGAUAUGGUCCCGCUGGUUCCUCUCCGGGGCUCAAUCUCUGCUUCUGGGGAUCUCAUGCCGCUGUCAUUCAUUGCUGGAGCGCUGCAAGGAUGUCCUGACAUCUUCAUCAGAAGAAAACAGGGGCAAGGCUACGAACUACUUCCUGCUGAUCAAUCUCUCGAGAAGGCUGGUAUCACGCCAAUUAUACUUGGGCCGAAGGAAGGUCUCGGUUUGAUAAAUGGAACAGCACCUUCUGCAGCUGUGGCAAGCCUGGCUUUGUACGAGACUCACCAAUUGGCGGUCCUUUCUCAAUAUUUAACCAUCCUUGCGUCUGAGGUUCUGGGGGGCAAUCUUGAAUGGUUGCACCCUUUCAUAGCUGACAUUCGCCCUCACAUUGGUCAGAAGGAAGCUGCUGCAAAUAUGCGUACUUUUGUGGCGGGUUCGAAGCUUGUCAGCGGUAUCUAUACCACUGAGAAGGAUCGGUUCAAGGUCGGCCUGUGUCAAGAUCGGUAUGCAACACGAACCUCACAGCAGUGGAUUGGCCCGCAACUGGAAGAUCUCAUGCUCGCUCACCAGCAAGUAACGGUUGAACUAAAUUCCACUACUGACAAUCCCUUGGUUGAUGUUAGCGCCUCGGACGUACACUCAGGAGGCAAUUUCCAGGCAGCUUCCAUAACUUCUGCGAUGGAGAAGACUCGACUCUCUCUGCAAAUGCUAGGCAAGAUGGUCUUUGCCCAAUGCACAGAAAUGAUCAACCCGGCCCUGAACAACGGCUUGCCUGCAAACCUUGCCGCUGAUGAUCCCAGCCUCUCGUUCACAAUGAAGGGUAUUGAUGCCAACAUGGCGGCUUAUAUGUCCGAGCUUGCAUAUAUUGCCAAUCCGGUCAGUUCCCAUGUCCAAUCAGCCGAGCAGCACAACCAAGCAGUGAACUCGCUUGCAUUAAUCUCCGCUCGCUAUACAAUGGCAGCUGUCGAUCUGGUCUCUCUGAUGAGUGCUUGCAUUAUCUACGUGGGAUGUCAAGGGCUCGAUCUUCGCGUUAUGCACAACACCUUCCUUGAAUCUUUCCAACCGAUUCUACAAGCAAUCACCAGCGAGGUGAUUGGACAAUUUCUACCUCAGCAAAAAAUUGACGCCCUCUGCCAUGAGCUUCUCAAGAGCAUAUCCACUGUAUGGGAAGCAACCACCUCUCUAGACGCGCACAAACGCUGCGAAAAAGCCGUCUCGGGUUGUAUCUCCAUCCUCACAGCCCCUCUGUGUGAAUAUCAAGGCUAUAACGCGGGAGCAGAACAAUGCCCAGAAAUAACAGAAAAACAACAUCGAGGAUCCACGUCCUCUAUCACUACCCUCGAAACCUGGAGAAGUAGAGUGCUAGUCGCAAUGAACGAGCACUACGUCUCUCACCGCACCCAAUUCUUCGAAAAGCAUACCACGGCGGAGUAUCUCGGCCAGGCUUCGAAAAAAGUUUAUUCUUUCGUGCGCGAGGAUUUGGGGGUGCCAUUCCAUAGAGGAUUGGUUGAACAUCCUACGCCUGGUGAUGUUGUGAUUAACGGGAGACCGAAGAAGACUAUUGGAAGCUGGGUAGGCAUCAUUUAUGAGAGUUUGAGGGAUGGGAGAUUGUAUGAUAAGCUGAUGGAGGCGCUGGCUGAUGGGUUAAAAGAUGGGGUUGUGAAUGGUGAUGGACAGCAGAAUGGUGGGGUUGUGAAUGGCGAAAGACAGCAGAAUGGUGAGGUGGUGAAUGGCAAUGGACAGCAGAAUGGUGAGAUGUGAAUGGCGCGGGAAUAAGUUCCAAUGGUCGUGUCUGAAUGGGUACAUCAGUGCAAAGUUGUUUGGUGGUUUUAGAAGGGUAGAAGGCGACUAGAAGGAAACGCCUGCGUUGCGACUGGAAACAUACCCCCUUUAGUUUUGUUCCAUAGUUUCUUCUUCCAACCAUACCCCCAAUGUCCAAAUUUCCGGGGUGCAUUGAGCAUUUGCGAACUUUGGGUAUAAUGAGACUUCAGGAACAUUGAAC